AGUUGGGACUCAGAAAUCAGGAAUCGGGCACCCCUUUUUCUGGCAAAGGGGAACAGGGCUCUCCAGCCUAACUGGAGUCCCUCCCUCCAGCCCUCCCCUCCUGCCCCUCACAUCCCCGUUCUCUCUGUCACUCUGGCUGGGCUUGUUCUGCGCUCGCUCUGCUCUGUGGUGUCUUCAAAGGCUGAGGAUGCUCUUGGGUCCGGCCUCCGGCUCCCCCAGCCCCUUGUUGGCCUCCCUGACUUUGCCCGCCCGGCCUCUGCAACCCCCGCUGGACCUGAAGCAUUUGCUCGCCUUCCACCUCAAUGGCACCACCCCGCUCAGUCUCUUCCCCAACUUCAGCACGAUGGACCCAGUCCAGAAAGCUGUCAUCAGCCACACAUUUGGGGUCCCUUCCCCUCUGAAGAAGAAGCUGUUCAUCUCCUGUAACAUCUGUCAUCUGCGGUUCAACUCAGCGAACCAGGCUGAGGCUCAUUACAAGGGCCACAGACACGCCAGAAAACUCAAGGCUGUGGAAGCUGCCAAGAGCAAGCAGAGGCCUCGAAACCCGACCACAAACGGGACAGUGGUGUCUUCAGCCUCACCUCCAGCCAGUGGAAGCCCUGGAACCCCUCAGAGCAAAGGUCCUGCAUCCCCUCCUCUUGGCCCUUCACUUCAGCUCCCGCCGACCCCGGACCCAUCAGCCGGAGACCCCGUCCACUCAGCCGGAGACCCCGUCCACUCCGAACUUUGUGAUGCUGCUGCUUCGUCUUCCUCCUCUUCCUGCCCACCCUGCUCCCCGGAUCCCAGCAGGGAAGCACCAGGGCCUGAGCCAGCAGAAGGGGCCGUGGGAAGUGGAGUGAAUGGGGAGGGCAGGGGCGAGAAGGGACGCCUCUACUGCCCUACCUGUAAAGUGACAGUGAACUCCGCCUCUCAGCUUCAGGCUCACAACACAGGAGCUAAGCACAGAUGGAUGGUGGAAGGUCAUCAAGGGGCUCCCCGAAGGGGCCGGGGCCGUCCUGUGUCCCGAGGAGGGACUGGACACAAGACCAAGAGAGUGAUAGGAAAUCGUGGGGGCCGGCAGGGACCCAGCCCUCCUUUCCAUUGUGCCCUCUGUCAGCUCCAUGUCAAUUCAGAGACCCAGCUCAAGCAGCACAUGAGCAGCCGGAGGCACAAAGACCGGCUGGCUGGGAAGCCCCCCAAGUCCUCCAGCCAGCAUAACAAGCUGCAGAAGCACACAGCACUGGCUGUGAGUGUUCUCAAGUCUAAAUUGGCCUUGCAGAAGCAACUCACCAAGACGCUGGCAGCCCGCUUCCUGCCUGGUCCGCUGCCCACCACAGCUGCUGCCAUCUGUGCCCUGCCAGGGCCCCUGACCCUCCGGCCUGCUGCAACAGCAGCUGCUACCCUCUUCCCAGCUCCUGUCCUGGGCCCAGCUCUGUUUCGUUCUCCAGCAGGAGCUGUCCGCCCUGCUGCAGGACCCAUCCUUUUUGCUCCCUAUUAGUGGACUCAGAAUGGCCACAUCCUAUCUCUUCCAGUCAGACACUUGUCUCCACAUCCCACAGAGACUGCCUUUUGCAGUUUCCGGGUUCCCACCCAACCUGGGUAGCUGCCCUUCACUCAGACUGGGGUUCUCCAGUCCCCUGGCUCUGAGGACCACCACUACCCUCCUUUCCUGGGCCAGCCCUAGGCUGCCCUGCAUCUAUGAUUUAACAAAUCCCAAAGAUCUAUGCAAAAACCACAGCCCCAGUCUCAUGGUGCUCUCAUACCCAGACCCCAACUAGAGACGUACACAGAGCUGACAGCAUUUUAGCUCCCAAGGGCCAGCCUCUCCUGCCAUGUUCUAGAGCGGUCUGGACAAUCACUAGAGACAGGGAUCUCAAACUGAAGUGGGCUGGAACCUAUCAGGCAUAUUUACCAUGGGGUAGCCAGGUAUGGUGGUGCAUUCCUGCAAUCCUAGGGCCUGGAUUACGAGUUCAAAGUCAGUUUGAGCCAUAUAGCUAGACACUGUCUCAAACACCAAAACAACCACAAGUAGACUACAGGGUAUGUAUGGCAAAGGGCCAUAGAGAUAAGAGGCCCCAAAGUUCUUAAAAAAUGUACUGUGAAAGUGAGGCAGAGUUGAGAUGACGCGCCAUCUGCUCGUGGGGGUGGGGCUUGAAGGGAAAAGUGGUGUUCAGGCUGGGCCUGACUGUGUCAUCCUGGCUGGUCUGGGACUGUAUGCUCAGGCUGGCAAACUCAAAAAAUCUACCUGCCUCUGCCUCUUAAGUAACGGAACUAAAGGCACACACCACCCUGCCUGGUCUGGCUUUGACACAAUAGCCCUGGCUGUCCUGGAACUCACUUUGUAGACCAGGCUGGCCUCGAACUCAGAAAUCUGCCUGCCUCUGCCUCCCGAGUGCUGGGACUAAAGGCGUGCACCACCACACCCGGCACUACAGCUCUUCUUAUCUUAGCCUUUCAGUGGUUUCUCUUGAACCCCAACUCUAAAGGGGCUCUGGGUCUCCCUCAGCCUAGGGACUCUCCAUUCCACACUGGGUCUGGCCAUCCCAAGUGUGGCGUUUCGGGCUGGUACAUGGUCCAGUAAACCCUCAAGAUCAACUUUCAUGUCACCAAAGCCAGUGCCAUUCCCCCAUUCGACAUGGGAUUUCACCAGGAUCCACCUAUAUCCCCCUUUUUUUGAAAGAUAUUUCCAAUGGGACAAGAAAAGGGGUAGGGGACGGGAAACUUUUUGAUAAUAGCAGUUGUGGUUUUAUUGUGUCCAACACAUCAAUAAAUGAACUUCAAGCCUGAGCCUGUAGGUGCCCAGACUCUCCUUGCCCAGGCCUGGGCACCAGCCCCCCCUCGCCUGUUCUAGGAGGAGGAGAGGGUAUUGGAGGUGGCCUGGCCAUAGUGUUUAACCCGUGUGAGGUGUGCACAUCAGAAGCACGGAGUGGGCACCGCAGGUUGUGGGUGAUAAGCUCACUUGAUAGCACAAGCCUCUGAUGGAAGGCUUGUCAGCUCCUGGGAAGCUGCUACUGGGCUGCCUGGUUCUCUUCAGGCAUCUGAGGUAAGAAAGAAGGGCUGGGGGCGCGGCUUAUCCCACCUUCACCAGAGCAGCAGGUGCAUAAAUACAGAGAGAGUAUAAAUAUAAAGUCCAGCUACUAGCCAAAACCAACCAGGAGGGAUGGACACUACCCUGUUGGGCAGGUUAAUAGACAGCCGCUCGCUCGCAGCACUGAGCAGAGUGCACCCCUGCCCCCUGGUGGUUAAGAGAGGCCGUCCAGCCUCCAGGGCCGGUAGGUGUAGCACCUUAAAGAGGGUGGAGCAGGGGCAGAAGACACACAGGAGGCCCAAGCCACCAGCUUUAGAAAAGUCACAGCGCUACCCGUGGCUCUAGGUGACAUCCAAGCUUCUGUCAACUCACAUACGAGAAGACUGACGCUCAGGGGAGAAGAGUCUUGCUAAGUCUCAGGGCAUGUGACAGCCCAGUCAUCACUCCACUCUACCUCAGCCAAUAAGACCUCUGCUCCUGGAACAGGAAGAGGAAGUGAAACAACUGGGAGAUGGGUAGAGGUCAAACAGGAAAUGCCACUCCCAGGAGCCUGACUUUACCAGGCCUUGAACAGGCCAGAGGAAAGGUCAGGGUGGAGGAUGAGGAACCAACCCUAAGCCAGCUCGCACAAAUGUAUGCUUACAGUACCUAGUCUUUUGUUUUAAGGCUGGUACUGUGUGUAUGUUAGUGGCAGGAAAUUCAGAGUUGGGAUCCCUGAUAGGAGGCAGAUCCUGGACUGGGCGCGUUGGCAUGACGGCCCUGCUUCCUGCACCAGGCAGAUGGAAGGGACACUAACCCAUAAGUGUCUAGGUGACAGUGGAGAAAAUAUGGUCAGCUGGGGGAGGGGUGGGAACUAUUAUGGAAGGUCAAGGGAGGGCCAACAAUCAAGUUCACUUGCACUUCUUGGAGUUAAGAGAGGACAAAGGUGGCACUGGCCUGGGCCAGCCCAGCUUCCUGUCCUAGAGGGUCACUCCCCUACCGACUGGGAAGAACAGCUUGCUUAUGCACCCUGUGCUCGCCACCCAUCCCGGAAUGGGCUUGGAAUGGUGAAGCAAGAAGGGCAGCUAUUCAGCCAUCCAAGGA